UAAGCGAGGUUAAGUGGGGGUUGGAGUGUCAAAAGUAACAAACAGGGCUGUUUCUGGUUGGGGGAAGGGAAAUUAGCCAAACCUAAACACACUUGGCAAACAAUUUAACAGUGCGAGCAAAAAAGGAGUAAAACUACGUGAGAUACGUGUGGUGUAAGCGUCCAGCAAUCCGGAGUCUGCUUCUGUACUACUUAUUAUUCAUUCCUUGAGCAGAGUGAGGACACUUCCUUGUAGUAGAGGAAGACCCUUACGACAGGUGCACAGAGACAGUUAGAGCAUGACAGAGGAAGAUAAGAACAGGGAUAUGGCUCAGGAGACCAACCAGACCCAAGUGCCUUUACUCUGUGCCAAUGGUUGUGGGUUCUAUGGGAACCCCCGGAAAAACGGCAUGUGCUCAGUGUGCUACAAAGACUCCUUACAGCGACAAAACAACAGCGGAAGAUCCAGCGACCCAGUGUCAUCCAGCAUAAGCAGUAGGCCUAUAGGAGAUUCUAUGUCUGUCCAGUUGACGUCACAACAUGAGCGGAACAGCAUCCUCUCCAAGCAGAGUUUCUCAACGCCCGCGGCAGCUACACAUACAGACGGGGCUACAACAGUUUCUCAAGUGGCUUUAAAAACACAAGAAGUACAACAGGAUGGGGUGUCGAGCACCAAAUUAGCAAGAAACAUUCAGGAAGCCACCACAGACAAGCUGGUUACAGCAGGUAGCUCAGUGGAGGACAGCACGUUGAGAAGAAAGAGGAAGUUGGAUGAAACUUAUCAGCCAGUAGAAAGGGAGUCUGCAGCCUCAGCAGCAGACGUCUCAGAGCAGACCUCAGAUGUACCAGAACAGUCCAAACCCAAGAAAAACCGCUGCUAUACCUGUCGCAAGAAAUUGGGGCUCACUGGAUUUGGUUGUCGAUGCGGACACUUAUUUUGCAGCGUUCACCGAUACACCGACAUUCACAGCUGUAGCUUUGACUAUAAAGCUGAUGCUGCUGAGAAAAUAAGGAAAGAAAACCCUCUGGUCGUCGGGGUGAAAAUCCAAAAAAUUUAAGCUGCUUCCCCAACACCUUCAGAGUUGUGCAUGCCACAAUUAAACGCAUCUACAUAUUUUUUCCCUGUGUCCUUUACCUCUUAAAUUUCUUUAAUUACAAAUACUUUGGUUAAUAAAUCACUAAAUAUUUAUAUAAUUACAGUAAUAAUUUAAUUUACUUUAUGUUCCGAGACAAUUUGUGUGGAUGUGCAUUUCUGGUGUCUGAACAAAGCUUGCAUGUUAAAACCAUUGCCAGAAUUUGUCUUUUGUUUUUAUUUUAGUUUCUUUAAAUAAGGAUCAUAACAAUUUACAUAAUGUUAUAAAAGAAAACAGGAGGUUUUCCACAAUUACUGUAUUUGCCCUUUCAAGUACACGUGAUUACAACUAUUUAAGUGGUUGUGUGUGUGCAUGUAUAUGCACCAUCGCUGGAUUAACAAGUUUUGCACUUCAUUAUGGACUGUGUUUACUUUAUCAUUUGGGUACAGUUACUAGUUUGAGUGAAAGUUGUGUGUGACAGAAAUGAGAGUGCUUUAUUUAUGUUUGUGCAUGCACUAUGUUCAUGUUCAAUAAAGUUUUACACAUCACAAAUGUAA